GAGGACGGACAGGUCCUUCUUGUUCGUCCUAAGCCCCAGAUAGAGGAGAGGGAGAGGCCUGGGUGAGAACAGGAAGUGCUGCAGCUAGCUUGCUAGUUACAGUCAGACGGGUUAGCUUGGCCUUUAACUCACCAACCACAAUGGGUCUGUUCGGCAGAACACCGGAGAAACCACCAAAAGAUCUGAUCAACGAGUGGUCUCAGAAAAUUAGGAAGGAGAUGAGAGUGAUUGAUAGACAAAUUAGAGAUAUUCAAAGAGAACAAGAAAAAGUUAAAAGAUCCAUUAAAGAUGCUGCCAAAAAGGGCCAGAAAGAUGUGUGUGUGAUCCUCGCAAAGGAGAUGAUUCAGUCAAAACGGGCAAUCACCAAACUUUACGCCUCCAAAGCUCAGAUGAACUCUGUGCUGCUCAGCAUGAAGAAUCAGCUCGCUGUGUUGCGUGUAGCAGGCGCCCUGCAGAAGAGCACAGAAGUCAUGAAAGCCAUGCAGAGUCUAGUCAAAAUCCCAGAGAUCCAGGCCACCAUGAGGGAGCUUUCGAAAGAGAUGAUGAAGGCUGGCAUCAUUGAAGAAAUGUUGGAAGACACGUUUGAGAGUAUGGAAGAUGGAGAGGAGAUGGAGGAAGCAGCAGAGGAGGAAGUUGACAAGAUCCUCUUUGAGAUCACAGCAGGUGCCCUUGGCAAAGCGCCGAGCAAAGUUACAGACGCCCUCCCCGAAAUGGAGCCGGCUGGAGCCACCGCAGCUUCCGAGGAUGAGUCAGAGGAGGACAUUGAAGCGAUGCAGUCGAGACUGGCAGCUCUCAGGAGCUAAAGUGAACUGCCACCCUUCUGUCAGUGAGAGUCGGUUUGCGCACUCCAUAAAGGACUGAGACAAUUCUGGUGCAGGGUUUACAGUGCUGAGCAUCCCCUUUGCUUCACAAUAUUAUUUCACAUAAUCAUUUCUUGUUGUGCUAUGACAGUUAAAACUUUUUUUAUAUAACAACUGGUCUACUCAGCCAGAAGAAAAGGUGGUUUCGCUUCUUGUCUUUAAUUAUUAUCAGGGGUAACCCUAGGUAAGUCUUUAUUAUCCAAAGUCAAACAGAAGGUUAAGAACGUGUAUAUAAUGUAAGUAUGAAAAGCCUGCUGUGCCUACAGUGCUUCGUCAUAUUCUUCUUCUGUCCUAAGUUGUGGACAUGUUGUGGAGGUACUUGGGUGUUUAAUGAUCCAAACAAGUGAUUGAAUAACUGUUAAUAAAUCACUUCGUAGAUCGCUGAACAGCAGUAGUUUUGUAAGCAACAGCUGCUCAUUUGCUAGUAAUUAUCCUUUAUCUGAAACACUAGAGGUGAUGGGCGAAUUUCACUUUUGAUAGGUAAUCUCCUGUACAGUCGAAAUGUUAUCUGUUCUGUUUGUGUUCAUACACAUUAAGUACACUCAUCAGAUAAAUGCACGCAUACCACCUUAACCCAUUUGUUUUGCAUUCAGCUUGUUCAACGUUUCACUUUGCGUCACGAUGAGUUCGUCCUCGACGGGAAAAUGCAGCGGAAAUAGAAAAGUUGUGCAUUUGUGGAAGUAUUGUGUGUUUAUUUUUUCUAUGUGAACAGAGACAAAAAAAUAUUGAAUAAACUUUUAAGACCGAAGGUAAAA